CUCAGAUUUUAAACUGUUCAUUCAGUAUUUAAAAAGCGUUAAGACGCUUGGCUAGUUGCGAAUCGUUCGGCGUUCACUUAUAUACUUGUAUAGAACCUACUUACGGAAAGACCUUGAGAAAUACAGAGCAAUUUAAUACUUGAUAGUAAAGUAAUAAGGUAUCAAGUCAGAUCACUAGUCAGACAAGUAUUUCGUUCGUUUACAUACUAUAGACUAAUUCAUUGUGUUGACCGGUUGCGAUUAUUUUAAGUUGAGUCUUUGCGUUCCUUAUCCGACGUGCUGAUCGGUCGUCAAUGUCUUGAAAAAUAUAUUUUUUUAUUAAGAUUACGCACUAUUAAUUGGGCAUUUCAAAAUGAUUUUGUUUUUAGUAUCUGUAAUUUUCGUGCUAGUUUUAUUAGUUUCUUGGAUUCGUUUAGUUAGGGAGAGUCGCCGGUUUAACAUCAAUGGACCCAUGCCUUUGCCUAUCAUCGGCAAUGCUCAUAUGUUCGUGUCUAAAUCUACAGAGUUUUUGAACUUACUUGCGCAUUACGCAGAUAAGUACGGAAAAGUGUACCGGGUGCAUUUCCUGUCAAUUCCCAAUGUGAUUGUCUGUGACGCUAAAUUCGCUCAGGAGAUAGUGACGGGUCAUGAGUAUAUUAGUAAAGGUGGACCCUAUAAACUGUUGUCAUCAUGGCUUGGCAAGGGACUACUCACAGCUACAGGUCAAAGAUGGAAAAGUCACCGCAAAUUCCUGACUCCAGCGUUCCACUUCACCAUACUGCAGAACUUUCUCCCCGUGUUCUGCAAGAACCAGCGAGUCCUGACGGAGAAACUACGAGAACUUGCCGACGGGCGCCCGAUUGACAUGUUCCCUAUUGUUGCUUUGGCUGCCCUUGAUAAUGUCACAGAAUCUAUUAUGGGUUCAAGCGUUGAUGCUCAAGGACACGAAAGCGAGUCUGCCUAUGUGAAGUCAAUUGAAGAAAUGUCUUCAAUAUUAGCCAUGAGAAUUCAAAUUCCAAUUUUCGGUCCAAACGCCAUCUUUAAUUUAACGCCCUACAAGAUCAGUCAAGUAAAAGCCCUGAAGGUUCUACAUGGACACACUAGGAAAGUAAUUGAAGCGAGAAGACAAGAGUUGAAGAAGGCAAAUAUAACUAGUCUCGACGCAAGUACCGAUGUUGGAAUAAGGAACAAACACGCUUUCUUGGACUUGUUGCUGCUUGGUGAAAUCGAUGGCAAGAAGAUUGACGACGAGAGCGUUAGAGAGGAGGUUGACACCUUCAUGUUUGAGGGUCAUGAUACAACAACGUCUGGUAUUUCCUACGUACUUUACUGUCUCUCCAAGCGCAGGCAUAUUCAGGACAAAAUCUACGAAGAACUGCAGACAAUAUUCGGUGAUGAUAUGGAAAGAGACCCAACUUAUCAGGAACUUUCACAAAUGAAAUACUUGGAGCUGGUCAUUAAGGAGUCGAUGCGAUUGUAUCCGCCUGUGCCUAUAAUUGAGCGAUGUAUUACAAAAGACUGUGAGAUCGGAGGUUUAAAACUAGUCAAAGGCACAUCAGUAAUUCUAAAUAUCUACCAAAUUCAACGUCAACCAGACAUGUUUGAAGAUCCUUUGGAGUUCCGCCCAGAAAGAUUCGAGGAGUCUCUAAAGAAUCCCUUCAGUUUUCUGGCAUUCAGUGCUGGUCCUAGAAAUUGCAUUGGUCAAAAGUUCGCGAUGAUGGAACUCAAGAUCACCAUCUCGGAGAUUGUCAAGCACUUCCACAUAUUACCUGUCGAUGAACCGCCUCAGCUAAGUGCUGACCUUAUUUUAAGAUCGAAGAAUGGAGUCAAAGUGCGGUUAAUGCCAAGAAAAUGAAAUUUCAGCGAAAAAAUUAUUAAUUAGUUUACUUAAUACUUAGUUAGCAUUGAAGUAUAUUUUUAAGUAAUGUGUAAAUGUU